GUGCGCCUGCCCGAACCCGUAAACCAUUUUGUCGCUAGUGUAAACAACAAUAAUAAUGAAUUUCAUUUAAUUCGGAUAUAACAUUAAAAUCACAUUAUAUCUAGUUGCUGCUCUCAAUAUGAUGUGACAAUUCUCCCGAUAAAGUCAAAAUGGCGUCUCGAGAUGCUGAUUCUGAUGGGUCGUUCACACCAUCAGAUGGGAGCGACACAGAGGAGAGCUCUCCAAGAGAUUCUGAUUAUGGAAGUGAUGAAGAUAUUCAUAGAUCAAAGAACUCCUUGAACAUACAGUGGACAGGGUAUGCAAGGAAGACCCCAAUUAUUUUGUUUAACUCAGAAGUUGUCUUCAACAAGAGACUCAAUGUGCGCACAGUCGGAGAGCGCUAUCACAUGGCAUACAAGUUUGGCAACUCAGAAUGUAAGAUAGUUCGCACCAUCUUGAACAGCCAUGGUUUCCAUGAGGUACAUCCGAACAGCUCAGACUACAAUAUUGUAUGGACAGGAGCUCAUCUGAAGCCCUUUACACUACGCAGUCUUUCAGAGUUCCAGAAAAUCAACCACUUUCCAAGGUCCUAUGAGCUGACAAGAAAAGAUAGAUUGUUUAAAAAUAUACAGCGCAUGCAAUCCAUAAAGGGAAUGAAGCACUUUGAUAUAAUCCCUGCCAGCUUUGUACUUCCCGGGGAAUACCAGGACUUUUGUACUGCCUUCCUUAAAGACAAGGGACCAUGGAUUGUGAAACCUGUUGCAUCCUCAAGAGGAAGGGGCAUCUUCCUCGUCAAUCAUCCUGAUCAAAUUCCAUUAGAUGAGAACAUUAUUGUGUGUCGAUAUAUAUCGAACCCUCUGUUGAUAGACAGCUUCAAGUUUGAUAUUCGGUUGUACGUAGCCGUCACAUCCUAUGACCCUCUACAGAUUUACCUGUUUGAAGAAGGCCUCACAAGGUUUGCCACUGUGAAGUAUGAGAAGAACAUGCGACACAUGAGGAACCACUGUAUGCAUUUAACCAACUACAGCGUGAACAAGAAAAAUGAUGAAUAUGUCAGGAAUGACGAUGCUGAUGUUGAGGAUUAUGGGAAUAAGUGGUCACUCGGGGCCAUGUUGCGAUACCUUCGUUCAAAUGGCCGAGACACUGCUGCCCUGAUGAUGAAAAUUGAGGACUGUGUAAUUAAGACAAUUUUGUCCGUAGAAUUGCCAAUAGCCACUGCCUGUAAAAUGUUCAUGCCAUUCAAGGGAAACUGCUUCGAGCUGUAUGGGUUUGACAUCAUGAUAGAUGACAACCUGAAGCCCUGGGUAAUCGAAGUCAAUCUCUCUCCCUCCCUCGCCUGUGAUAGUCCUUUGGACCUGAAAAUCAAGGGAAAUAUGCUGUGUGAUCUCUUCAGUUUAACAGGCUUAAUAUGCCAUGAUCCAAUGAUGCGCACAAUGCAACAGAGUAGACGGAAUCAGGAACUCGCAUCCAAAAUGGCCGCAAGAGCAAAGUCAGCAAGGGUUAGAUCUGCUCCAGCAUCUAUGAAACAACGUCCUUCCUCAGCGGGAAGCAUGAAGAAGGGAAACCAGCGCGACCCAGAGGGAAGCACAAACAAGAGUCUAGCAGGGCUGAAUAGCGAUGAAAUACGGAUAUUGCGGCGUGUCAAGGAAGAAGAUUCGCGUAAAGGUGGAUGGGUCAGAAUCUUCCCAACAGCCGAUUCCUGGGACCUGUACUCGAGUUUUCUGCAGUUUACCACAUCAAAUAAUCUCAUGUUACAUCAGAAGCUUUUUCCAGAGAGGCAUAAAAGUGGGUCGACCGCUGUUGUGUCAAGGGGGUCAACUUCCGUGGGAUCAAGAGCCAAAAUUGAUCAACUACACCCAAAACUAACUUUGAGUGCCUACAUUCAACUGGCCAACAAUGCUAGCAAUGUGAAGCCUACAGUCGAGCUUGCCCAAGCCUAUGCCCAGGCGAUGCUGAGAACCAAACGAUAUGAGAGAAAACUGGGAACCAAACGAUACAGGACCCGAAGACGAAAAAAGACAGGACGGCGAGAACGUCGUAAGUUGGUGCAGGGUGUGCAGGAGGAAUCUGGGGAGGAUCAGGACCAGGAGGAGCAGGAGGAGAAUGAGGAUGAGGAGCCACCUAUCACGGAGAGGAAUAUCACAGAGAAGAAUAACCAGAUGUCAAAGAAGAUAGAGCCACCCCCUUCAAGGUCACAGAGUGAAGAAGUCAUACAAAUUGUGCAGGAGAAGACAGACCACAAUGGGCAGAAGAGGGUUGGUGGUCUGGCAUCGCUGGCUCGAAAUCGGGAACCAGAGACCCCUGAUGGAGUGGGGGAGAGUGGAAGGGGAUCCGUGCUGGAGGAAUCUGGGGCUGAUGGGGGAUUGACCCAGGAAAGGACCCCACCCCCACCGCCAUCCCCUCCACCCCAAGAACCAAAGUAUAACGUGGUGGAGCUGUUGACAAAAGGACAUACUCUGAGCAAGGUGCAGGCAAGAACUGCCUUUGCGAUGUAUCUGGUACGUGUACAGCAGCGCCUGAUGGCUGAAAGCAACUCCAUGACACAGGAUGACGUUGAUGGCCUCAAUGAACAAAUGGAUCUUGUGUUGAGGUUUCUCAAGCGUGCUGCAGUUAAUCUACAACAGUCAUUUAAAGUGGUUGUGCCUAGUCGUAAACUGCCCCUGGUUGAUCGAAGACGAAUACUUGCCAAGCAACUCGGAGACUUUGUACACAUUUACAACAAGAGAUACCAUACAGGCAUAGGAACUAGUCAAUGUAUGGCCGGCAUUUUGGAUCAGCUGGACUUCAUUCACAUGAAAAGGCUCUUAGAGACAGAUCAGUUGCGAGCUCGUCGUCAGAUGGAGAAGAAGCACCACAGUCAUUUGAAACGAACUGACAGCAUUGAUGGGCUUGAUGAUGACAAGUUUGACAGAUUUGUUCACACAGCCAGUGAAGGUGAACUCGAAGAAGUGCUUACAACAUACACAAAGAUCAACAAGUCGGCCAGUAUUUUCCUUGGUGGGAAAACUGGGGCAGAGGGGCAGACCAACAGUCAUGUCCCAACUACUGGCAAUUCUAUGCAGCACGUAGGCGCUACUUCGGCAGCUUUGAGAACUGAAUCACAGGCCUCUCUCGGCAAACGCAGGGAUAACUCCGCUUCAGAAAAGGGGUCUGGGACUAGCUCUACAAAAUUAGCCACAGGGUGGGAAGACGUGCCGAAAGCAAUCCAUAGUGUACCAUCAUCAAGUGCAGACCUUAGAUCCCAGGGAUCAAUGACCCCAUCCGGUAGCCAUAGCAACCUUUCACGUACAGCAACAUACAGCACAGGAUCAGCAGCAUCGUAUGCUAAUGCUGUCCAGAUUUACACGCAAAAGUUGUCCACUUUACGACCGAGAUCGGCAACCAGCGCUGCAUCAAAAACAGAUCAAUGCACUCCAACAUCUAUUGAUGUGACAGAUUUAGGCACAGUGGAAAAUACGUCCAAACAAUCAUAUUUCCUGAAGGAGUUAGAUGAGAAGCUGAGAUCUCGUCCGUCCUCUGCCAACAUGGCACGCCCUGUGUCCGCCCAGUCAGCCUAUAGCAGCACCCCUGAUCUCCAGGGAAGGAGAUACAUGAUCAAAUAUGAUCCAUACAACGAAAAAGUGAUAUCAGACGCACUCCAGCGACUCACCAUGCGUCAACAAGCGCGACAAUAUUCAGCUAUUAACAGCACAAGUCUAGUCCCGACAGAUUCCUCCAGUCGUCCCAGCUCUGCCGUCGGGCCUCGGGAAAACCAGCGUAACUGGUCUGCUUACGAAAAUGGUUCUGUUACACAGCAUUCAGGCUCAUCCUAUUCAGGGUCACAUGAUCAGAGAUCACAUGACAGAGGUGGUGGUGAUUCUAAUUAUAACCACCAAUCAGAAACCACCAAGAUCAUAUCUGUAGAGGAACAUGUUACUAAAAAUAGACCCCCCUCAGGGAGUGCUCAAAAACGUGGACAGUCAGCCAUAGAUCUUAAAACCAUUGAUGCUCAAAGGAGAAAGCAAACCAAUAUAAACCUACAAAGUGCCAAUGCGACAUUUAACAGUUUUAUCGGUGAGUCCAGCACAGCCUGGCAUAAUGAUCUAGCACAAGCCUACAGUCAGGUGACCGGUGUAACACCCCAAAACUACCACACUCCAUCACACUCAAGCAAGCAGUAUCAAUUGGUACAGCAACAGAGCCUUAAACAACAGAGCAAGGUGCUUUUGGAGCAGAGCAAAGCCAAACACCAGGCCAUGAUAGCACAAGCUCAUGCAGUACAGAAGUCCCUGAAUCGUCCAGAGUCUGAGAACAGCAUGGUUCCCAUGUACGCCCCUAAACCUCCAAUGAAGCCAAGCUCUAGGAAGGCAGUAAGCGCCCACUACAGUCACAGAGUGCCCAGGAGAAAUGUUCCGGACGAGACAGCCCUUAAUUUCCAGUUCUACUCAAGCACCAAACCAGCUAUGAAUGGAGAGAGCAGAUAAGGAUGGAAGGAGUAGUCCCGCAGAUGGAUAAACUGUGGCCAUGUUGCAGCAUAGGACCGUUUCAGCCGUCUGGUGUUUUUUUCCAGAAUGGAUAAAAGAUGUGAAGCAUUUUAGACACAGAAUCAAAAUGGAUUGAACAAAUUGAGGCAUGACUUUGGUCAUUUUUAUUGAUCAGAUAUAUUUUUUUAAUAUUUUUGAAUUCUUCGAUUGGAGAGUUUUUCAGUCAUGUGACACAUUUACUGAUUGUGAUUGGUUAGUAGAAAGGAACAAAGCACAACAGGUGUGGUAUUUGUGUCAUUGUAUAGUUUAUGAAGGUCUUAGUCAAAAUUUAAAUUGUUUUUGUUUUGGUUUAAUAAUGAUACGUUCAUAACUGUUUUUAUUGGAAAUAAAAUUUUACUUUAAUUUUCUAAACAAUCAUCCUGCAUCGAAAGUUGAUAUUCCACUAUCGUAGUAUCCAAGUUUUGCUGACUGUAACAGUGAUAACAUUUUUAAAAGCUUUAAAAUUUUGUCUUUCAAUUAUUACUCAUUUUUGAAAUUGGUAUUUUUAUGGAACUUUAUUUGACUUAACCAGCAUAAAAAACUUUAAAGAUCUCUCAAGGUUUUGUUUAACAAAAUAUUUUUUUUUUUUUAUUUUGGCAUUGGAUUUUGCUUCCUUGCUUGGGAAAUUUAUUUUUUUUCUGAAGUUUUGCAAAGAAAAUCUAUGUAUGUAUGAAUUGUAUAGUUUUUGCCAUUUUUGUCUAAAAUAGAUGGAUGGGUUGUAGAGCUGUGAUAUUAUUCUAUGUACAUUCUAAGUCAUUUAGAUUUAUAUUAUAUUUUGUGUGGAAGUAUAUAAUUUAUUUUAACCCUUUGCAUGCUGGGUAAAUUGUCGUCUGCUCAAAAAUGUCGUCUGCUUUAUUCUAAAUUUCUUUCAAUUUACUUAAAACUUUGGGGAUACAUUGACUGAAUGGCAAACAGCUUGGAACCUGACCAGGCGCCGAGUUACUCGGUGCCUGGUCUGGUUCCAAGCUGUUUGCAAAGCCUUUAAAAUCGCCAUCAGCAGCCUAAGGGUUAAUUAAGAUUUUUACAAUGUGCUAUAAAUGAAAGGUUUUUAAUUUUGUUUUGAUUAAAAAGCUCGAGAUCAGUUUUGAAAAUAGUUUUAAAGGGGAGAAUAUCAUAUGAAUUAGGUGAUGCAGUUAGUUUGUUAUUAUGGUACACAUUGUAAACAUUGCAUUUUUUUUGUUUUAUUUAAAAAAGAAAUCCUGCCAUAUUCCACAUUCAAUAGUCAAAACACAUAUUUUUCAUGUAUUCUUGUGAUGAAAUUGUACAUUUAUCUUUUGCUUGACAUUUUAGUAUGAUGUGUUUAAGAAUUUUCCCAUGAUUGUUAGAGACACUUGAUUGGAUCAUGACCAUUAGACUUAUUCUUUGUAAGAAAAAAUCAUAUUUGUUCAUUAACUAUGUUAAUUGCUUUCUAAAUAUUUCAACAGGAUAUCAAAAAGGGAAAAGAUAUAUUUAAGAAAAAAUGUCUAUUCAUUUAUGUAAUUUUCAAUAAAACUGAGCUAAUCCGUUUCACAUAUCCUACCAUGACAUGUUACAUUCCUAUAUACAUUUUAUUUAUGAUAAGCUUGUCUGUUUUUAAAACAAAACCAAACAAACAAGUAAUUGUCAUAGCCUUAUUGUUGUCAUCAUUGUCAUCGCAGUGCAAAAUCUUUUACCUCCAGCCAUUACUCUAAAAAUAUCUGAGAGAUGUUAAAUGACUGAGGGCCAAAUGUUGGAACACUGUGAUAAUAAACGCAUGUGUAGCCAGUUCCACACCUGGCUUUAAUACUGGUUCAGUUAUGUCCCUUGAUGAACCAAACAACUUAGACGAGUGUUGGAAACCGUUUGUGGUGCUCUUGUGUUUUUAUUUAUUUUACAAGCAUACAUUAUUUUGCUGUGAUAGGUAGUACUCAGUUUUAAACUCAAAAUGUAUUGUCAAAUUAGACUGUGUUCUAGAUGAUAAAGAUUAGGCUGCAUUUAAUUGGAAUUUGAAUGUGUUAAAAGCUAUUAUAAAAGGCAGAAUGUUUACCUUUUUGUGUAGAUAUAUCAUAUGAAAUUAGAUUAUAGAAUUAUAAUUAUCUUUAUAUAUGCAUGUUCCUGUUGAUUUUAAUAAUUUUAUUUUAAUUAAUUCAAUUGAAAAAAAUUUAAGCAGCCAAAUUGUAAUACAAAGUGCAUGGUAUUUUGAAAGGGAAAACACAGUUUAUUUGUGUCUUGUUUGAAAGUUAUUGCUUAAUAAAUAAAUUCCCUUGAUUGUGAUACCAUUGAAAUUCUAUGUCAUUAAAUGAAUAAAUAAUGAAAAAUGA